UGGUGCUGGAGGAGACUCUGGAGAGUCCCAUGGACUGCAAGAAGAUCCAACCUCUCCAUUCGGAAGGAAAUCAGCCCUGAGUGCUCACUGGAAGGACAGAUCCUGAAGCUGAGGCUCCAAGACUUUGGCCACCUCAGGAGAAGAGAGGACUCCCUGGAAAAGACCUUGAUGUUGGGAAAGAUGGAGGGCGCAAGGAGAAGGGGACGACAGAGGACGAGAUGGUGGGACAGUGUUCUCGAAGCUACCAGCAUGAGUUUGACCAAACUGCGGGAGGCAGUGGAAGACAGGAGGGCCUGGCGUGCUCUGGUCCAGGGGGUCACGAAGAGGCGGACACGACUAAAUGGAUAAACAACAACAAGUCUGGCUGGCUUUGAACCAUCUGCAGCAGGAAUUUCAAGCAGUAAAAAGAAUAUUACCGCCUUCAAACCAGGGAGGGGAGCAAAUAUAAGUUGCAUUUUCGGCUGAGUUUGGGGGAGCAUCUGUUGCCUGGAGCGAUUUCAAUGGCUUUCGUAAUCCUUCCAAACAGCCGAAAGCCUCCAAAUUCUGAUAAUACAGUCGUCCCUUGGUUCUCAGACUUGAUCCGUUCCAGAAGUCCGUUCCAAAACCAAAGCGUUCCUAAACCAAGGGGCGCUUUCCCUUUGAAAGGAAUGCAAAACGGACUAAUCCAUACCAGGCUUUUAAAAACAACCCCUAAAACAGCAAUUGAAUUUUACUAUAUAACGAGACCAUCGAUCCAUAAAAUGAAAGCAUUAAUCAAUGUGCUGUACUAUAAAAUAAAUAAGGCAGUAUUGUAGAUGAUAAAAAUUAAACCGAACUUUUUUCUUCUUCACCUGCACUGGUGAUAGGCAUUGUUUGGGAUUUUAUCCAUUUCCGCAGUCACACAAUCCAUCAGUAGCUGAACUGGGUUCCGCACAGUCAUGAAAACAGAAAAAGAGAGCCACAAAAAUGCAAAAUAAAUAGCACAAACAGACAGACCUUAGCGUAACACUCAAAUCGUAAGCGUAACACUCAAAAUGGAUCACGUUCGGCUUCCAAAAAAAGUUCGCCAACUGGAACACUUCCUUCCGGUUUUGCAGUGUUUGGGUUCCAAGUUGUUUGAGUACCAAGGCGUUUGAGAACCAAGGGACCGCUGUAAUAAUAUUUCUUAUCGACGGAAAGUUUGGUGCGGUGCAAGUGAGCUUUCAUCCCAGGGGGAAAAGUUGGAGAACGACCAGUGGUUAUUACUUUAGGACAGGGGUAGGCAACCUAAGGCCCCCUGGGGGCCGGAUCCGGCCCAGUCGCCUUCUCAAUCUGGCCUGCGGACGGUCCGGGAAUCAGUGUGUUUUUACAUGAGUAGAAUGUGUGCUUUUAUUUAAAAUGCAUCUCUGGGUUAUUUGCGGGGCAUAGGAAUUAUUUCAUUUUCCCCCCAAAAUAUAGUCUGGCCCCCCACAAGGUCUGAGGGACAGUGGACCGGCCCCCUGCUGAAAAAGUUUCCUGACCCCUGCUCUAAAGCCUUAUUUCCCAACACGACUUUUUGCUUCCUGGGAAGUCUGUGAAUCAGUGUGUUUUUACAUGAGGAGAAUGUGUCCUUUUAUUUAAAAUGCAUCUCUGGGUUAUUUGUGGGGCAUAGGAAUUAUUUCAUUUUUCCCCCAAAAUAUAGUCCGGCCCCCCACAUGGUCUAAGGGAUGGCUGAAAAAGGCUACUGACCCUUGCUUUAGGGUGCAUGGUUUCGUUUCUGCAGGUAAGACUCACCUGAGCAUGGGAUGGAGAUGCUCGCAACAUCAACAUCCCAGCAAAUCUCGCUUCUCCAUUAGUCAGAGCUUUGGCUCUGAGGCAAAGGAGGCAGGUCUGUCUCUCUCCUCCUUCCAGCUAUCUGACUCCACCCUGGCUCCUGUUUUCUUGCCUAGCAGCUGGGUGAGGGGGCGGAAAGAAAAAAGCCCCACCUAUGAGCCUGGCGGGGGGGGGGCACUUAGUUGCAGCUCCUGCAAGCUAGCUCACCAGGUGCUGAUGAUGACAUGGAGGUCACCGGAAAACUUGUCCCACUGGUUCCGAAUCCUCAAGAUGAUGUUGUAAACAAAAUCUGCCCUUCUUCCCUUAUGGGGUACCCAAGAGCCAUAUAGAGUCCUUAAGUGGGUUCCCUAUUGGUAGGGACGCGGGUGGUGCUGUGGGUUAAACCACAGAGCCCAGGACUUGCUGAUCAGAAGGUUGGCGGUUCGAAUCCCCAUGACGAGGUGAGCUCCCGUUGCUCGGUCCCUGCUCCUGCCCACCUAGCAGUUCGAAAGCACAUCAAAGUGCAAGCAGAUAAAUAGGUACCACUCUGGCGGGAAGGUAAACGGCGUUUCCGUGCGCUGCUCUGGUUCUCCAGAAGCGGCUCAGUCCUGCUGGCCACAUGACCCAGAAGCUGUAAGCCGGCUCCCAUGGCCACUAAAGCGAGAUGAGUGCCGCAACCCCAGAGUCGGCCACGACUGGACCUAACGGUCAGGGGUCCCUUUACCCUUUACUAUCGGUAGGAGAAAAUAACAGAGGCCAAGCAGAGAAUAUUGGGAAGCAAAGCAGCUCGUAAGCCUGAUCUUUAUUGAACUAUUGCAACAGGGUCCUCACUUCCCACAUGCAGGAGGGAGGAGGAACCCAGAACAAUGGGGUGCAAGUUCUUAUAUAGACAUUUUAAAUUCCCUGCCCUGGAGCUCAAGACCACCUCCUACAAACAUCAUACUUACAUCACAGAAAAGGCGGCCCACAACAGAAAUGUGAAUGUUGUUUUUCCUGUCUGCCAGGUUAUCUGAUAACGCCUUACGUGAUUGCCUUUCCUGGUAGUCUGGCCAUUCCUUUGAGAUGGUGAUUUCCCAAUUUCUGAGACAAUGGGAAGGUUCCCUCACCCCCUCCCUCCUUGCAGAGAAAACAUUUGGUCAGUUUGGGAGUCAAAAUGGUUUAAGGACGGUCUUCCUGUGCUGCUCCAGACAUGUGGUCGACAUAUCUAUGUAUGUGCUUGGUUGGUACAUUUUAUGAACAUUUAUUAUAUGUAUUGUUGUUGUUGUUGUUGUUGAGUUGUUUAGUUGUGUCCACCUCUUCAUGACCCCCUGGACCAGAGCACGCCAGGCCCUCCUGUCUUCCACUGCCUCCCUCAUGCUGGUAGCUUCGAGAACACUGUCCCACCACCUCGCGCUCCGUCGUCCCCUUCUCCUUGUGCCCUCCAUCUUCCCCAACAUCAGGGUCUUUUCCAGGGAGUCUUCUCAUGAGGGGGCCAAAGUCUUGGAGCCUCAGCUUCAGGAUCUGUCCUUCCAGUGAGCACUCAGGGCUGAUUUCCUUCAGAAUGGAGAGGUUGGAUCUUCCUGCAGUCCAUGGGACUCUCAAGAGUCUCCUCCAGCACCAUAUUAUAUGUAUAUAAGACCUUAAUUUUUUUAUUACAAUGAUGCUAACCCUUGCUGGGUUCAAGACCUCAAGAACUGGGAGGGACUGGGGGUGCGGCCAGUGUUACAGGAAUUCUAAGGUCUUAGUCCCUGAUAACGCCUUAUCUCAGGCCUGUCCAACUCCCAAGAGACUGUGAUCUACUCACAGUAUCAAAAGACCGGCUUUGAUCUACCCACUAAACUUUGUACUGGGACACCCCCUGCGAUCUACCUAUUGGACAUGCCUGCCUUAUCUAAUUACCUUUUCUGGGUAGCCUGGCCAUAAACUUAGAGAUAAAUCCUUAGUUCCCAAAUCUCUUACACAUAAUGAUAUCAGCUUAACAGACACUUGUCAGACUAUUUGAAAAGGGAGGCGUAAGCCCCUACAGUCCAAAGACAAUUGGAAAGCUUUUCCCAUUUCCUUCCUCUUUGCAGAGAAAUAUUUGAGGUCAAUUUGGGAGAGUCCAAAAGGCUUCAGGGUUGCUGUCCUCUACACGUGGUUUAUAUGCUUAUGUAUGUGUUUGGCUUGUACAUUUGUGAACAUUUAUUCUAUAUAAGACCCUAGAAUUCCUAUAAGAAGCUCUCUCUUUAGGAAAUCAAAGUUGUUGUGCUUUUCUUUUAGGAAACCAAAGUUUCCUGGGAAACCCUGUAAAGAAGAGGACAUGAGGACUCGGAUAUAUUUAAACGCUUUUCAAUAAUAUUCGUGGUCUUUCCCCCUGCCCACCCCACCCCCAGCUAUGCCCAUGCCUAGUUUGAAGAGCUGAGGAUCUGGGUUUUUUUUUUUUUUUGUGACAUGCAAACUCCCAAGCGGAAACUGGCGCCUUAUCUCUCUCCCUUCCGUGUCAGCUGCCAGUUCCAAAGUCCAAACUUUUGUUGUCAAGCGCAAAAAGUUGCUCAACAGCUUGUGUCAGCAGAUCGGCUCCGCCUGGGGGCUUGCACAAUUUCCCCUGGUAGGUGGCAAACAUCGUUUUAAAUUCUUGCAGGCAUGCUGGGACCUGAGGCGACCCCCCCCCCCGCCUCCUUACCAGUCUUUCAGUCCACUGUCCAAUCUGGACUGGGGGGGGUGGUCCCCAGAGGAGCCAAAUCCUAGGGACCUCGCCCGUCCAAUAAAACGCUGAUGCUAAUUGCCACUCAAAUAGCGUGUGCAUGACACCUCAUGCCAUCGAUUAUGCGAGGUGGGGCUUAUUUCUAUUCAAGUUGAAACCCCACCACCACCGCUGUCCAGGAACUUCCCAUCCCCUCCAACGUUUCUCUCCUGAAAAUAGGGACGUCCUAUUCCCCACCCCCCACCCCCGUAUAGUUCAAGCUCUGGUUUUCCCAGUCGUGAUGUAUGGAAGUGAGAGCUGGACCAUCAAGAAGGCUGAUCGCCGAAGAAUGGAUGCUUUUGAAUUCUGGUGCUGGAGGAGACUCUGGAGAGUCCCAUGGACUGCAAGAAGAUCAAACCUCUCCAUUCUGAAGGAAAUCAGCCCUGAGUGCUCACUGGAAGGACAGAUCCUGAAGCUGAGGCUCCAAGACUUUGGCCACCUCAGGAGAAGAGAGAACUCCCUGGAAAAGACCCUGAUGUUGGGAAAGAUGGAGGGCGCAAGGAGAAGGGGACGACGGAGGACGAGAUGGUGGGACAGUGUUCUCGAAGCUACCAGCAUGAGUUUGACCAAACUGCGGGAGGCAGUGGAAGACAGAAGUGCCUGGCGUGCUCUGGUCCAGGGGGUCACCAAGAGGCGGACACCAGUAAACAACAAAUUCCAUCCCCGCCAACGUUUCUCCCGUGAAAAUAGGGACGUCCCAUUCCAUCUCUUCCGACGUUUCUCCCCUGAAAAUAGGACGUCCUAAGGGAAAGCGGGACUUUCCGACAUCAAAUCAGAAACCGACACAGCUUCAAGAGGAUUGCAAAACGGAUUUAAAAAAAAAACAAAGUAUUGUAAACAUGUGAGCACGCUAGCAGGCUGGGAGUAAGUUCAGCAGUAAAAAAAAGUUACUUUGAGAAUCAAGCUGAGAAAAUCAGCUAUAGAUUAGUUGUAAUAUGCAGCAGCAAAAAAUAACCAUGAAAGGGUUUGAGGGACGUCUUUAAAGUGAAUGCUUACUGGAAAAUGUUUGGUUAAUUGUAUUUUAUUUGUGGGGGGACGACCUAUUUUUUCCCUGCAAAUCCCUGGAAAAUAUUUUCUUUCUUUGGCGAUCACUCGCAGCAAGACUGUUUUCCAUGGACACGGUAUUUCCCCAGGAAAAUAGGGACAAGUGGAGACCUGCAACAUCUGGAAGCCCCCAAACCGUUUGCUGGUUGUUGCUUUGAAACAGGCGCGCGCAAAGUGGUCUUUCCCCUAAAUCUCCCGGUCUGGGGCCUCCCAAAAAUCCGGCUCCUCCUUCUCCUCCUCUGGAGCAAGUCAGGGGCCGCCUGAGUCACACACACACAAAACCGCAGCAGAAGAAGACGAACGGGUUGCGAGGAGGAAGAAGAGAGAAAGGGCGGAGCCGGGAAAGGGGAUUUUAAAGAGCCGCCCGUCUCGCCCCCGCUGCGCACUCCGCCUUUCCAUUGCGCACAGCCCGGCACCUCUCCUCGCCAUGGCUCCCGGCUGGCUCCUGUCCAUCGCCGCUUUCUGCUGCCUGGGGGGCAUCACCCUGGGGGGCGCCCCUUGCCACUACCCCCCGCACCAGUGGUGCGGAUCCAGCGAGAUCGCGCAGGCUUGCAAGGUGAGGAAAGGGAAAGCGAAGGUGGAGAGGAAGAGCGCAAAUGCUUUGCGCGCAGGCGAGUUGGCAAGGGGAUGGGGGAGGGGUGGCCACCCACGUUGCGGGUGGGGUGGGGGCUUCGAGAGAGGAAGGGGGGCUAGCAGUGGCGACGGGGGGCCUUGUGCGACCCCCCUUCCUGGACUCGGAGGAACGGGUGGCUCCGAAUGGCUGCUGUGGCGCACGGGUCCUGCUUGGGGGCGGGGGGGUUGUCUUCCCAGGGGGGCAGCACCUCGUUGGCCACUGGGGGGCAGGAGGCUGGAUUCCGAUGCGCCCCCUUUGGCCUGAUUCAACUGCCACAGCGGGUCUUAGGAUUCCUAAACGGAGACCCGAGGUGCCCACAAAAUUCGCCAUGAAGAGUCCGGGCAUUCACAAAUUUUGGGUGCCAGGGCCAUGUUCCCUGCAUGGCAGCCACAGGCACCCACGGGCGCAGGGCCAAGUUGGCACUUCUGCUGUGGACAGAGGCAGUCUACCUUAAGACUGGGGGGAAGGAAGAGUGGGAGGAAGCUGUUGCUAUCUGGUCUUGCCUGUGCGCUUUGGGGGCACCUCACUGUGAAGACAGGGGCCUGGACUCAGUGCUGGGGGGUCCUUCGUGUAGGGCACCAAGCCAAAGGGCCACAGAAUCAUCACCAUCAGGGCUUUUUUCAGCCAGAGCUCAGUUUCGGCACCUCUCAGGUAGGCCCCAUUGCCAGUUAUAAGCGAAAAAGGUAAAAGGUAAAAGACCCCUGGAUGGUUAAGUCCCAGUCCAAGGCGACUCUGGGGUUGCGGCGCUCAUCUCGCUUUCAGGCCGAGGGAGCCGGCGUUUGUCCCCAGACAACUUUCUGGGUCGUGUGGCCAGCAGGACUAAACCGCUUCUGGCGCAUGGCAGAAACCAGAGUGCACGGAAACACCGUUUACCUUCCCGCUGGAGCGGUACCUAUUUAUCUACUUGCGCUGGUCUGCUUUCGAACUGCUUGCCCUUCAUAUGCGACCAAACUCCCAUCAGCUUCAACAGGCAGCCUGGCAGACAUGAAGAUUUAAAACAGAAUUCAUCAGCUACUGUCAAUCCUGUAAUCCGUGCCAGGAAACAGGUUCCGUACAGGAGUGGCUAAGGGAGCCGCUGUUCUCCGAGGUUCCCUGCAAACGCUCGCCGUAUCAUCUUCACAACAACCUUGCGAGGUAGGCUAGGCUGAGAGAUCGAGGCCCAAAGGCACCCAGGGAGAGCUUUGAAAGGAUAUGAGCCAAAGGUACCGGGUUCAAACUCUGACGGUAGCUCCAGAGAGCGGCUGCCGGCCAGUGCCUGCUAUAGGUUAACCAAGGCUCUGGUUAAGGCAGCUCCUAGCAGAGGCAAAAUGUCUCCUCAUUGAGCCAAGCCCAACAUAGCUUUGUAUUUGCAGCACCCCCAUUUUCUCAGCAUCUUAUUUUUUUGGGGGGUGUUUCCCCGCGGAAAGCCCCACCUCGCUUUUCGGAAGCCGCCCCCAGCUGCUUUCACUUCCCUCUCGAAAGAUGGAGGAGGAAACUGGCCGAGAAAGAGGUUGUUGCAGUUGGGGAGACAUCAUUAUUUUUUUUUUGGUUUUAUUUCUAUGACAUUUUUUGUUCAAAUGAAUCCCAAAGCAGCUUACAGACAAAAGAAAUAAAUAAAAAAUAUUUGUUUGCGCCAGCCGCCGGCCAUAGCAAUAAAACAACAAUACGAUAUGCAAAAGAAUAAAAAUAAAGAAAGUCAAUAGUACAAUGAUACCUCGGGUUAAGUACUUAAUUCGUUCCAGAGGUCUGCUCUUAACCUGAAAUUGUUCUUAACCUGAAGCACCACUUUAGCUAAUGAGCCUCCUGCUGCCAUCGCGACGCAGGAGCACAAUUUCUGUUCUCAUCCUGAAGCAAAGUUCUUAACUAGAGGUACUAUUUCUGGGUUAGUGGAGUCCGUAACCUGAAGCGUAUGUAACCCAAGGUAUAGGGUUUUGAAUCAAUAGUCCAAUAGCGGACCUUAUUCUAAUUGCCCCGGCUAAAAAACCUUACAACCUUUGCCGUCACCUGCUCAUCUCAACCUGCCAAAAGAAAGGACACUUUGGCAGUGGCUGGGCAAGCCGGAAGGGACGGAAAAUAAAAAUAACAUAAUGGAACGUCACGAACAGGAGCAUAAAUCGUACAGAAUACUUGGCAAAUCAUCGGUAAAGCGAUCCCAAAUCCCAAAUGAAACAAGACAUGAGCUGAGAUUGUCCUUCUGCCUGAUUUAAAAAGGUAAAGGUAAAGGGACCCCUGACCGUUAGGUCCAGUCAUGGCCGACUCUGGGGUUGCGGCGCUCAUCUCGCUUUAUUGGCCGAGGGAGCCGGCGUACAGCUUCCGGGUCAUGUGGCCAGCAGGACUAAGCCGCUUCUGGCGAACCAGAGCCGCGCACGGAAACGCCGUUUACCUUCCCGCCGGAGCAGUACCUAUUUAUCUACUUGCACUUUGACGUGCUUUCGAACUGCUAGGUGGGCAGGAGCAGGGACCGAGCAAGGGGAGCUCACCCCGUCAUUGCAGGGAUUCGAACCGCCGACCUUCUGAUCAGCAAGUCCUAGGCUCUCUGGUUUAUAAGCUAAACAAGUUCUAGCUUAGGGCCCCACUCUCUUGGGGGCCUCCAAAAAAUUUAAAGGAAAAAACCUGGAUGUACAUUUCCAAAAUAUAUGAUAAAAAACAAAUAAAAUAAAACCUGCAUCCAGCAACAGUGUUUUGUGUUGUGUAGGCUCCUAGGAUGCAAGUCAAAUAUCCCUGGUUUGCUCCUUUCUAUAUAUAGGGUGCCGACAUUCUGUAUGGACUGGUUGCAGGGCAAGAUGUGCAAAUGGCUUUUGAUACCUAUUCGGUCCAUAAAUGACCACAUAAAUCAACACAAAAAAAGCAGCAAUUUAUUGUGGACAAAGGACAGCUGGACAUAGAAAGGGCCCCAUUACCUUCAGGAGCUGAGGGCCUCAUCAAACUGAAAUCUGGCCCUGCUCCUGACUCUAUGAUUCAGCACGUAUUGCCGAAUAUUUUCCAUCUUUCUGCAUACAAAGUCUUUCCGCGGCGAUCGUGUCUUGAAAUAACAUCCUGUAGCCUUUUUCUAAUUCCUCCAUCCCGACGGGUUUGGGCGGAACAUUUGCUGCAUGUAUCUGUACGCUGUACAGUGGAUGCUCAGGUUGCAAACAUGAUCCGUGCGGGAUGCACGUUCGCAACCCGCGUCUGCACACCCGCAGGUUGCGAUUCGGUGCUUCUUCGCAUGCGCAAAGCGCAGUCUAGCACAUCUGCGCAUGCGCGACCGCCGAAACCCGGAAGUAACCCGUUUCGAUACUUCCAGGUUUCGGCAGUCCGCAACCCGAAGAAAACACAACCUGAAGCGUCUGUAACCCGAGGUAUGACUGUAUUUUUUCUCUUUUUUUAAUAUAAUUUUUAUUAGUUUUUUUUUAACAUAUCAUUUUCAACAGUAACUAAACAUACUUUUACAUCUUAUUCAAAUUUUUGACUUCCAUCAAGCCUGUCUGAAAAUUUUCCAGUCUAAUCUCACAGUAUGCGUUUCUUAUCUUCCCUAUUACAUUUCAAACGCAUAACCAAUAUCUCUGUCUUUUUCUACUUUGUAACACUUCGUAUAUUUCUCCUUACAAAACUUCUUGUAGUCCUACUAGCGUAAUUUAUUGAUUACAAUUGCUCUUCAAAUAAUUCAUAUACUUCUUCCAAUCUUUUGUAAAUCUCUGGUCCCGCAGGUUUCGAAUCCUUCCUGUCAUUUUGUCCAAUUCAGCGUAGUCCAUUAAUUUUGUCUGCCAUUCUUCUUUCGUCGGAAUUUCUUCCUGCUUCCAUUUCUGGGCUAACAAUACUCUUACCGCCGUUGUUGCAUAGAAAAACAAUUUAACAUCUUGCCUAUUAAUGUCCUGACCUAUAAUACCAAGUAAAAAUGCUUCCAAGUAAAAGCUCUGGUUUUCCCAGUAGUGAUGUAUUGAAGUGAGAGCUGGACCACAAAGAAGGCUGAUCGCCGAAGAAUGGAUGCUUUUGAAUUCUGGUGCUGGAGGAGACUCUGGAGAGUCCCAUGGAUUGCAAGAAGAUCAGACCUCUCCAUUCUGAAGGAAAUCAGCCCUGAGUGCUCACUGGAAGGACAGAUCCUGAAGCUGAGGCUCCAAGACUUUGGCCACCUCAGGAGAAGAGAAGACUCCCUGGAAAAGACCCUGAUGUUGGGAAAGAUGGAGGGCACAAGGAGAAGGGGACGACGGAGGACGAGAUGGUGGGACAGUGUUCUCGAAGCUACCAGCAUGAGUUUGACCAAACUGCGGGAGGCAGUGGAAGACAGGAGGGCCUGGCGUGCUCUGGUCCACAAGGAGGCGGACACCACUAAACGACUAAACAACAACAACAACAAAUGCUUCUGGUUUUUUUUAAAAAACGUAUAUUUCAACAUUUCAAUGACUGUAUUUUCUUUUAGCACCAAGCGUCCAGCGCUUUUGAAGGCAGGCUGCUCCUGCCGCUGGAGGCUUCACCGCCGCUCUUUCCUUUUGCAGGCAGAGAAGCACUGCGCCCGGCUGGGCCCCCCCGGGAAGAAAGCCGACCCCGUCUCCGUCAGCCUCUACUACGAGAGCCUCUGCCCUGCCUGCCGCUCCUUCCUGGUCUUCCAGCUCUUCCCCACCUGGCUUUUGGUGGGCGACGCCAUGGAAAUCACCCUGGUCCCUUACGGGAACGCCCAGGUCGGUCCCGAUCCCCUGGGCAGGGGUGGGGUGGGGAGGCUGUGCCCACCCUCCUUUCCCCUGAUGCCCGUUCUGUCUCUCUCCCUCCGUCUCUCUCUCACAGGAGAAAAAAGGCCCCUCCAAGUGGGAAUUUGAGUGCCAGCACGGCCCCGAUGAAUGCCUGGGCAACUUGAUGGAGGUGGGUACAUCCUCUGAGGCAGGCGCGCCAAGACCUCUCUGUCUCCUCUGUUUCUGGGGGUUUCUCUCUCACCUGGCAGGAAGAGGCUUCCGUUUGUCAGCCUCGUGUUUGGGGAACAUUUAGGGUUUCUUUAGGGCUGUCAAAACAAACCAAAAAAGCCAAACUUACGAAGCCUUUCCCUUUUUUAAAAUAAUGGUUUUUGUUAAACCUUCCAAAUUAUCACAGAACUCGUCAUAUCCACCUAUCUCAUCUAUCAUCUCUCUCUCUCUCUCUCUCUCUCUGUCUGUCUGUCUAUCAUAUCUAUCUAUGUAUCAUCUAUCUAUCUAUAUCCAUCUAUCUCAUCUAUAUCCAUCUAUCUCAUCUAUCUUCUAUCUAUAUCUAUCUAUCUAUCUAUCUAUCUAUCUAUCUAUCUAUCUAUCUAUCAUCUAUCUAUCUAUCUAUCUAUCUAUAAUCUAUCUAUCUAUAUCCAUCUAUCUCAUCUAUCAUCUAUCUAUAUCUAUAUCUAUCUAUCUCAGCUAUAUCUAUCUAUCUAUAUCUAUCUAUCUAUCAUCUAUCAUCUAUCAUCUAUCAUCUAUCUAUCUAUCUAUCUAUCAUCUAUCUAUCUAUCUAUCUAUCAUCUAUCUAUCUAUCAUCUAUCUAUAUCUAUAUCCAUCUAUCUCAUCUAUCUUCUAUCUAUAUCUAUCUAUCAUCUAUCUAUCAUCUAUCUAUCUAUCUAUCUAUCUAUAUCUAUCUAUCUAUCAUCUAUCUAUCUAUAUCCAUCUAUCUCAUCUAUCAUCUAUCUAUAUCUAUAUCUAUCUAUCUAUCAUCUAUCUAUCUAUCUAUAUCUAUCUAUCAUCUAUCUAUCUAUCUAUCUAUAUCUAUCUAUCUAUCUAUCUAUCUAUCUAUCUAUAUCCAUCUAUCUCAUCUAUCAUCUAUCUAUAUCUAUAUCUGUAUCUAUAUCUAUCUAUCUAUCAUCUAUCUAUCGAUCUAUCGAUCUAUCAUCUAUCUAUCUAUCUAUCUAUCUAUCUAUCUAUCUAUCAUCUCCAUCUAUCUCAUCUUCUUUUAUUAUUUAUACCCCAAAGAGGCUUAUUCACUCCGGGGGAAAUGCUUUUUCGCAGAUCAGGUGGGGAAACGGAACCUGCCUUCCUCCAGAGUUUGCUGGGCUCCAACCGGGCAAAAGAUUCCUACCUUUCAGGGGGGUUGGACUAGAUGGCUACUGGAGGACCCUUCCCAUUUUUAUGAGCUUUGGCCAGCAGCACAAACCUUUCUCUCCCCCCCCCGCUCUAACCCUUACCCCCUGCUCCCCCCCCAGGCCUGCCUCAUCCACCUGCUGGGCGACCAGGGCAGCUACUUCCCUCUCAUCUUCUGCAUGGAGUCGAGCGCCAACGUCACCCAGAACUUGGAAACGGUAUGUUCCCCAAAUUCCUUCCCGCGGAAACCCGCCUUGCAGGGCUGGCGGCGGCGGCCUCUUCCAGCGUGGGAAAUCCCCAGGGAUGCAGGGUCUCUGGUUUGGGGGCAAGUUUGGGGAAGAAAGGGAGGGAGAGAGAGAGAGAGAGAGAGAGAGAGAGAAAGAAAGAAAGAGGGAGAGAGAGAGAGAGAGAGAGAAAGAGGGAGAGAGAAAGAGGGAGAGAGAAAGAGGGAGAGAGAGAGAGAGAGAGAGAGAGAGAGAGAGAGAGAAAGAAAGAGGGAGAGAGAAAGAGGGGGAGAGGGAGAGAGAGAGAGAGAGAGAGAGAGAGAGAGAAAGAAAGAAAGAAAGAAAGAGAAAGAGAAAGUGUGAGAGAGAAAGAGAAAGAAAGAGAGAGAGAAAGAAAAAGAGAAAGAAAGAGAGAGAGAGAAAAGAGAGAGAAAGAGAGAGAGAAAGAGAAAGAGAAAGAGAAAGAGAAAGAGAGAGAAAGUGUGUGAGAGAAAGAGAGAGAGAGAGAGAGAGAGAGAGAGAGAGAAAGUGUGAGAGAGAGAGAGAGAAAAAGAGAGAGAAAGUGUGUGUGUGUGUGUGUGUGAGAGAGAGAGAGAGAGAGAGAGAGAGAGAGAGAAAGAAAGAAAGAAAGAAAGAAAGAAAGAUUGUCCCUUCUCUUGGCAGAUCAAGUUGAGCAGGUGACAGCAAAGGUGGCAAGGUUUUUAGAAUCAGAAUAAGACCCACUAUUUGACUAUUGAUUCAAAUCCCUAAAAAUUAUUUCAUUAUAUAAUCGACUUUUCAGUUCUGUUCUUUGUAUAUCGUAUUGUUGUUUUAUUGCUACGGCCGGCGCAAAUAAAAAUCGAUUCCUUCCUUCUCAUUCUCUCGCCACCCUCGGAUCCCUCCAGUGCAUGAAGCUGUACCCGACCAGCGAGAUCCCCCUUGCCAACGUCACGUCUUGCGUGAGCGGAGACCUGGGCAACAAACUCAUGCACCAGAAUGCCCAGCUCACUGACGCCCUCCGCCCGCCCCACAAGUACGUGCCGUGGAUCGCUGUCAAUGGGGUAAGUGCUGGCUGAAGAUGCCCAAAUUCGGGCCCACUGGUCCUGAGUUCGAGUCUCGCUCCACCCGCAGAUUUAAAAUCCAGCAACUCCCUUUGCAGGCAGGAGGUCUGUUGGUUUCGGAUAACCGUCUCGACCCCUUUCUUCCAAAUAAGCAAAUUUAAUUUUCCAUUAUUAAAGCCCAGUUAUUAAUUCCCAGCCAAUUAUACAUUUUGAGUGACUUCCCGUGGGCUGGGUUUUGGGGCGCAAAAUCCUUAUUCCUUCCUGCUUUCGAAAUCUUAGCUGCCGUAUUUUCCCGUGUGUCACAUUUUCUUAAUUUUGGGAAGACUCAAAAUUUAGAAAAUGGGGGGAGAUUUUGCCCCCAUUUAUAAGACCACACCCCUUUUUUAAACAUUAUUUUUAGUCUUAUACACGGGGUCUUAUACACGGAAAAGUACAGUAAUCCAAUUGCAUUCAGUCCUGGUCUUUAGUCCCUUAUCGACAGCGACAGAUUUACUGACUUCCAUUCCUGUUGAGAUAUUUAAUAAUAAUAAAAAUAAUAAAUUCCCGCAGAAAGAGUUGCGUCGCGACCCCCACGUUGCAAGGGGUUGGGCUGGAUGACCUUUUAUUUAGCUUUGGCAUUCAGACCCGGGAGAGACCCGAGUUCGAAUCGCCACUCACUUGAAGGUCGCUGUGGCCAGUCUCUCUCUCCCUCGCCUACUUCGCAGGGUUGGUGUGACGAUAAAAAGGGGGGAAUUGGGGAGAAAAGUGAGGGAAGGUUGGGGUGUGAAUUGAAUCCCUCCUGGCCUGGGCGAUAAAAGGGGAAGAGGGGAGAAUUUGCACCCGCCGCCUCAAGUUGCAAUUCCUGCAUUUCCCAGGGUUGGACUAGAGGACCUUUGGGGUUCCCUCUCCAAUCUCUAGGUCUGAAAAUGCAACAGAUAAAGCAACUGGGUGGAUUUCCAGGGGUGCAUUCCUAUUUCAGCAGAGCGCCCUGAGUUUUCUGCUGCAGGGGAGGGAUUUGGGGGCACCCCCCAUCGCCUGCCCCACUGAUUCCCUUCUUAUUCCGCCCCCCAACCCCAGAACCACACGGAAGAACUCCAGGGUGAAGCGCAAUCCAACCUCCUCGGGGUCGUCUGUAAGCUGUAUAAGGCAAGUGCUUGUCUAAUAAUAAUAAUAAUAAUAAUAAUAAUAAUAAUAUUUAUACCCCACCCAUUCCCCCUUUCUCUUUCCCCUCCACGAGGCAACUCCUAGCUGGGGGUCUUUGCCCUCCCACAAUGAAUUUGGGACAGUGUGGGGAGGGCCAAGGGGGUGGGUCACUUUUCCAUGCCUGUUUUGUUUUGCUUCCAUUCCCCCCCCUUUAAUUUUAAAGUUAAAUUUCCAGAAAUUCCACAUGCAUUUUAAUUUCCAGAAAUUCUACAUACAAUUUCUUUUGUGCAUUCAUUUCCCCCCUUUAAUUUUCAAAUUAAAUUUCCAGAAAUUACACAUAUAUAUUUUUUUGCUUUAAUUCCCCCCCUUUAAUUUUAAAAUUAAAUUUCCAGAAAUUACACAUUUUUUUUUUUUUUGCUUUAAUUCCCCCCCCCCCUUUAAUUUUCAAAUUAAAUUUCCACAAAUUCCACCUGCAGUCUUUACUUUUGCUUUAUCCCCUCCCCUUUAAUUUAAAAAAAUAAUUCCGGAAAUUCCACGUGCAAGUCCAAUGCACUUUUUUCAUAUAUAAAAUAAAUUCUUUUGCAUUAUUGAUUAUUCUCAUUCCUUUUUCUGUGAUGUUUCCCUUAUAUUCCCCCCCCCCCACUUUGCUGAACCCUGCUCUCCCCUCUUUUAAUAUAUAUGACUGAGGGUGCCCUAUAGGGACCCUAUGGGGGGUGCCAGAGAGAGAGACGGGGGAGAGAAAGGGGGACAUGGUGGGGCAGAAAGGAAACUGUGUGCCAGUUUGCCUCCUAGGGCCAUGGGUUCGAAUCCUACUUGGGGCAAAAGAUCCCUCCAUUUGCAGGGGGCUGGACUAGAUGUCCCCCGGGGGUCCCUCUGCUAUUUUAUUAUUUAUCUCCCCCCUUCUGUCCCUGCAGGGAGAGCUGCCUCCCGUCUGCCAGCACAAAGGCAACUCCUUGCCUGCCUCCCCGCAAGAUGCCUGCCUGAAGAUCUAGCUCCUCUCUCCCCACAACGCCUGUCUCUGGGGCCGGGGCUGCCCCCCAAAAACACCCCCCCCCAAAAAAUGCGCAUGCAGCCGCGGUGCCCAUCCCACCCCGGGUGGGUCAAAGGAAGCAUCUUCCCUGCUACUGUUGUUCUUCCCCUGCGGAACUCCCUGCCACAAGGUCUGGACCCGGGGAGCAGCCGGGGAGGAAGGAAAUAAAAGGAGCACCACUAGGCAUUUUGGGGGUCCGGAACGAACCUUCCCUCCUUCCGAACCUGAUGGGCAAGAGGGAGGCGAGUUCUGAUCCUGCCAUCCUGGAGGAAGAAACGGACACCCUUCCUUUUUGCAAAUUGCAAAAGCACUGCCAGGUUGUUAUUUUGCCUUCUCUCUCCCCAAAAUGGAAAUUGUGCCUUUUAAAAAAACAAAACAUCAAUACUCCAAACUGAUUGGUUUCUUUUCUGGCCAAAAUGCUUCCCUUGUCGGUUUUUUUGUGGGUGGGGGUCAAAUCCGUACCAAGAUUGCAGAUGCCCCCCAGGGUUUUGGCUAUUUAAUUAUUUCGCAAAUUUUGCACACGGUUGGGUUACUUAAACAAGCUGGAAAGACAGAUAAAGCAAUAAAAGGAUUGAGGAGGAAAAUCGACAUGGCAACAACAAUAAUAAUAGUUAAUAAUGAUUU